AUGUUUCCCCUCCUUAUAAUAGGCCUUUCACUGGCUCAACUAGCAAAAGCAGCUGAUCCAGCUCAGCCAGGGCCACAACUCAUCGAUGAAACGACUCGUUGGACAAAGUGUUGGCCCACAAACAUGACCAUCUACGACUUCAGUGUUCAAAAACUGGACGGCGACUACAUUGAUCUGAAUCAAUACAGAGGAAAAGUGUUGAUGAUCAUCAAUGUCGCAACUUUUUGUGGUAUGAAUAUUGUUUUAUUAGGGUGUUCACUUAAUCCUGCGUUCCCUUAAAAUUAUUUAGCUAUUUUUUAAAUUAUUUAAACUUAAUUUAGCAUACACUCAACAAUACAUGGACCUGAAUCCGAUGUUAGAAGCAAAUGGUGACAACUUGACCAUCUUGGCCUUCCCUUGUAAUCAAUUUGCUUUACAAGAACCAGCCGAAAAUCACGAAAUUUUAAAUGGUACGUUCCUAGUAAGCUGCGGUAAACCCAUAUUAUGGGAAACAUUAAAGAAGUUUUUCAUUAUUACGUUACAUACUUAUUUCUCUUUUAUUGCUUUAGGUAUCACCCAAGUUCGUCCAGGAAACGGCUUCAAACCCCAUCAGAACCUCCACAUUUACGGAAAACUAGAAGUUAACGGUAAAGACGAACAUCCUUUGUACGAGUUCCUCAAAUCACAUUGUCCACCAACCACCAACGAGAUCGGGAAAGGCAUCGACCUUAUGUAUGACCCCAUCAAGGCCAACGACAUCACGUGGAACUUUGAAAAGUUCUUGGUCGAUAAAGAAGGAAGAGUGAGAUUCAGAUUCCACCCGACUGCGUGGGUUCACGGUGAUGUUCUGAAGCCAUACAUUACGCAGCUACUCACUGAGCCUAGGCCAGACAACUAUAUUGUAAAUUAA